GCUUGCGCUUCAAGGCCUUUCGCUGGUGAAGUCAAUUUUACCAUCUUCCCAUCUUGAGCUGAUUCAAAGAGUCCUGAAUAUCACCGAUCGUCAUGAGCUCACAAAGUCUGCAGCGCGAUGAUAGUUGUCCUAAUGGCGGUGUCUUCUACAGCUGCAGUCAAGGCUUCGUUGGAUGCUGCUUGGUCGAAGCAUGCAAUCCUGGGGUGGGGUGUCCUCCAGAUAAGGACAGAACGCCUAGUGAAUCGUCUAGCUCAAGUGCAUCGACAACAAUCUCUGUCCUGACAAGUUCUGCAACGCCUUCAUCAACUUCGGCAAGUUUCUCAACAAACGCAGCUUCUUUCUCAAUACCAACGUCUCGGUCUUCAGCUUCUGAUCUUGCCACCUCAAUAUCUGGUGUCAUAGCAACGGAAUCGCCAAAACCUUCACACCUAGACGAUAACUCAGUACCAACAGCUGCCCUCGUGGGUGCUGUUCUCGGAGGCGUAAUCCUUAUCGCGAUGAUAGCUGGGUUGGUCCUCUACCUGCGGCACCGGAAGCGCACGAAAGUCUACAAAGCGGCAGUCUAUCCAUCGCCGCACGUCGGAUGUGACAUGUCACCGCAGCUUCCCGGCAAGUAUAUCCGAGAACUUGAGUCACAUAGUUACUCUUGUAUUGACAGGUGAUAGAUUGCCAGGAGCCGCAACCUUCAAGGUUUGCGGGACUAAUAGGGACAAAGCAGAAGUUCGCGCACCAGCUCGAUAGCAGGGAGGUCAUCCCUACAGCUGAGAUGGGCGAGGCGACACCGAGGCAUAUCCUUUUCGCUGAGCUGCCUGCAAGCAACACCAGCGCACGCAAUGUAUGAAUGUCCACGAAUCGGCUGAUUCAGAUGCUUUUCAAGUUGAAUCGGACGGCCCCAAAUUGUGCGCAUGACGGCGGACGAUAAUCGCUCAUCUUGAUACCCCACAACGAAGACAGGCUCUUUUCUGAGAUCAUAGAAUAUACACAGUGAUUGCAGCAUGAUACCACAA